AUGGCCGAUGAACAAUUUCCCUGGCUCGAUUGGCCUCACCCUCAGAACUACGCGCCAACGAACAUGAGCCAAAAUACCCCUCGCGUCGAAGAGAAUUCAAAUUCCCACUGGCGAAGCCCCUUCUAUAACUCGUCCUCGAAUCCGAACGUACAGACCUCAGUGAACACCAACAACAGCAACAAUAACACUCAAGCUCAAUAUUACCCAACAUAUCAACAGCAGGAGGAAUCAUACGUGCGUCUCGAGGACGUAUUGCCGUACCCGUCGUAUCGGUGGGGACCGCCGCCGGCUCGUGAGUACCAGAGACAGGCGACCUACGCUGAAAGUCAGGGGUCAGGAUUGCCCACGACUUCACUUCCACAGCAAUCUCCGAAUCGCCCGACUAGUCGCCAGCUGCCAACUCCAAUGCCGCAAGCACAAUCGGGAUCCGGAGAGUCGAAUGCGGCUGAGGAGGCUUACUCUGGACACGAUGCCAAAAGACGAAAGGUGGAGGCGUCAAUCUUACAAACUGCCUCGCGGGCCGUACCCAAAGUAGCGUCGCCUGUUUAUUCGCAAGUUCGAACACCGGUUGUCCCACCAGAUAGUCAAACUUCGAACUACAAUACAACCCAGACGCCUAACCCUCCCAUCUCGCAGCCUGCAGCGCAACCGGCUGUUCAGCGUACCUCCCAGCUGACUCCACAAAGGCCCGGCUCCCAAUAUGUUGCGCCGACCCAAGCGCGGCCAACAGCACAAGUACAACCUCAACGUACUGCAUCUCCAGCAAUGCAAACACAACGGGUCUCUCAGUAUGCGCCGCAGGCUCAGCAGAAAGCCACCCCAAGAGCUACGUCAAGCUCUAGUCCGCAGAUCAACGCGCAGCAGCUGUCUCGGCGCGCUUCACAAUAUGCUUCGCCGCAGACCUCAUCUCAGACUCUCCCAACUACUGUCGCGCCUUCGGCUACGCAGUUCACAGCGCAGCAACACGCACAGCCCCCCUCACAGCCUAAAUCACAGUACGCUUCGCCAAACCCACCGCCUCAGUCUCUUCCCCAGACAGUCGCGCCUUCAGAUACACAGAUUAGGCCGCCACCGCCAUAUAUUCCACCUUCUAGACCGUUCCCGCAAAUGCAGGCCCAGGCUCAUCCGCAAAACUCUCGACAAUCGGCCCCGCAGCCGGCAAGUCAGGCAACAUCCACCAACAAACAAGCAACCGAGCCUGCGACCAAAGCUGCUUCCCAACCCGCCUCUCGACCUUCGACUCAACAACCUACCUCGCAGUCUGUUCCACCCCCAGCAAAAACUGCCACACCACCCGUACCGCAGCAGGUGCCGCAGACUUUACCACAUCAAAGGCCCCCGUCCACUCAAACAGUCCCAUCUGGCCCCGCUUCGUCUCAACCUCAGCAGCCCGCAUCGCAUCUUCAGCCGCCUGGCCCUCAUGGAAGAUUUGCAGCCUACACGUUCAAACCCGAGAACCCUUCAGACAGAACGCAUUUGAAACGCCGUUCAGAUAUAGUGAGCAAAUUAAACGAGGCGGACGCAGCCCAGAAAACUGCGUAUGAGCCGCAGACCAUUGCCAGGGACAUUCUCAUUGCGGCUGGCCGUCAUCCCACAGAGGCCUGCCUGAACCAUCAUCUACUUCGCCUGCGUGAUGUUUUUACCGCGGUAGACAUGAACUCGGAUCUGGCGACGUUUAAAUGGGAUCUAGUCGACCCAGGCCACCCGUCACGUGAAACGCUGGCGAAAGUCGCCAAGCACAGAGCUGCUAUGCAAACCAAGCAAACGGCUCCACCGCCCGCGCCCGCAGUGCAAGUCGCGCUGCCCGUCAACAACACUUUCAUCCCGCAGCAACCAAGCCAAAGGCAACACAACCCCUCUCCGCCAACCUUGCAGCACGUCCAGCCGCCCCCGCCGCCGCCGCCGCCGCCGCAGCAAUCAAAAUUUCGAGUACAGCCACAGGUUCAGCUCCAAAGUCAACAGCCAGUGCCCUCGCCCGUUCCUCAGCGGGUAUCGCAAACUCAGAAUACACCCAGUACGCCCAAUACGCCCAAUACGCCAAACUCAAUGGAGAAGAAACGUCGUGGAAGACCGCCUGGGAGCACAAACAAACCCAAGGUUCCUGCUGCUCCAGUCGCGCCGCCACAGCCUACUUCGUCCUAUCCUGUCUUUGCGUGCCGGUGGAACAACUGUCAGUCGGAGCUACACAACCUCGAUGUACUCAAGAAACAUAUCUUCAAGAGCCAUGUUUCACAUCAAAUCACCUGCGGCUGGAAAAACUGCCAAUUCACGGGGACCUUGCCGGCUGCGGAGCUGAUGAAGCACGUCAAGAAAGAACAUCUAGAUUCUCUUGCGUGGAAGCUGGGUGACGGGCCAGCUGUGGCUACAAGUGUGGAUCUGGAUUCUAGCUCAAGCACAGUGCCUUUGACGAUUCCGGAAUCCAACCAGCCUGGAAACGAAGAUUCGCUCAUCUUCCCUGCCGACUACCGUUCCAUUCGCGCCUUUAACAAAGUCCACGGAAACAGUUCGCAGCAGGAAAAGGCUCAGGAGAUCUUUAGGGCAGUACAACGGCUGAAGGAACAUAUUGGUGUCGGUCUCGAUCCGGGUGGCUGUGAGCUAGCGAGCCCUUUGCGCAAUCAAAGGGUGAGCACUGAGGAGGACGUUUAUGAAGUGCGCUCGGCAUCUUGA